UUGACAGAAAAUUAACCUCUGUUUGAAAUUUUAGUAAAUAGGAUUUAGUCAAUGCGAUUUUAAAUUUAAUAAUUAAAAUGAAUGUUUUAAGAUUACUCAAGAGUAUUCAUCAACAUCAACCAGUCUCAAAACUUUGCCGUCUGAAAUACAGUUCCCACCAUCCGUCGAGAUUUUUAGAAUUUCAAGAUAAAUGGAGAGAGAAAGAUGGAAUGUCGAAAAAUUGGGAACUGAUCUAUAAAGCUCCAAUGGAUAAAGCAAUUAAUUUUACAUCUGCAUAUUUGACUUUAUCAUCGAGUAUUAUAGCAACUUCUGCAUUAUAUUAUACGACAUUUGUGUUUGAUUAUAAAGCAAUAAAUGAUCCAUUGAUUUGGGGAGAAAGCAUUAUAGUUGCAAACAACGCAACUGAAUUCAUUGUGUAUCUCACUUCAUUCUUUCUUUUCCAUGUUGCAGUCAAAGUUUUGCUUAACAAAUAUGUACUACGAUUAUAUCAAGAUGGUGAUAACUAUGUAGCUGUUUUCAGAGGGCACUGGUACAAUCAUACAUUCAAACACAAAUUUAAUUUAAAGGAUUUUAAAAAGUUAAACCCUACAUUUGUAGUAUCAUGGGGUAAUGCAAGAUAUGAUCUUGGCAAGAAGCAUGGUAUACUAUUGGAUUUAUACUUCAAGACCCCGGAACAUUUAAAUUACUUAUUAUAUAAGAGGAAAAGUAAACUUAUUGACUAAUAUAAGAAGAUUUACGGUUUUUUGUAGAGAAGAUAAAAUAAUGGCAUUAAAGAAAAAAUAAAAGAUUUUUUCAUAA